AUGGAAGAAGCCAGUCUGUGCCUUGGAGUGUCCUCAGCGGCUCCGGAAGCUGAGCCCCACCUGAGCAGCCCGGUCCUCAACGGCCAGUAUGCCAUGAGUCAGAAGUUACACCAGAUCACCUCCCAGCUCAGUCAUGCCUUUCCCGAGCUGCAUCCGCGGCCCAACCCCGAGGAGAAGACCCCCGCGCCCCUCGAGGAGAAGGCCCACGUGCCCAUGAGUGGCCAGCCCAUGGGCGGUCAGAUGGCACUCCUGGCCAACCAGCUGGGCCGGGACGUUGACACCAGCCUCAACGGGCGGGUGGACCUGCAGCAGUUCCUCAAUGGGCAGAACCUGGGCAUCAUGUCCCAGAUGAGUGACAUCGAGGAUGAUGCCCGCAAAAACCGCAAGUACCCGUGCCCUCUCUGUGGCAAGCGCUUUCGCUUCAACAGCAUCCUCUCCCUACACAUGCGCACCCACACGGGCGAGAAACCCUUCAAGUGCCCCUACUGUGACCACCGGGCGGCGCAGAAGGGGAACCUGAAGAUUCACCUGCGGACCCACAAGUUGGGCAACCUGGGGAAGGGGCGCGGGCGGGUGCGCGAGGAGAACCGCCUGCUGCACGAGCUGGAGGAACGGGCCAUCCUGCGGGACAAGCAGAUGAAGAGCAGCCUGCUGCAGCUGCGGCCCGACCUGAAGCCCCUGCCACACGCCCAGCAGGCCCCGCUGGCCGCCUGCAACCUGGCCCCGCCCGCCAACCACAGCGUGCCGGACGUGGCCAACCCGGUGCCCUCGCCCAAGCCGGCCUGCGUGCAGGAGGACGUGGUGGCCCCGGCGGCUGGCUUCCGUUGCACCUUCUGCAAGGGCAAGUUCAAGAAGCGGGAGGAGCUGGACCGCCACAUCCGCAUCCUGCACAAGCCCUACAAGUGCACGCUGUGCGACUUCGCGGCCUCGCAGGAGGAGGAGCUCAUCAGCCACGUGGAGAAGGCCCACAUCACAGCCGAGUCGGCCCAGGGCCAGGGCCCCCACGGCGGCGGGGAGCAGUCGGCCAACGAGUUCCGCUGCGAGGUGUGCGGCCAGGUGUUCAGCCAGGCGUGGUUCCUGAAGGGCCACAUGCGAAAGCACAAGGACUCCUUCGAGCACUGCUGCCAGAUCUGCGGCCGGCGCUUCAAAGAGCCUUGGUUCCUCAAGAACCACAUGAAGGUGCACCUCAACAAGCUGUCGGUGAAGAACAAGUCCCCCAGUGACCCCGAGGUGCCAGUGCCCAUGGGCGGCAUGUCCCAGGAGGCCCAUGCCAACCUGUACUCCAGGUAUCUCUCCUGCCUGCAGAGUGGCUUCAUGGCCCCGGACAAAGCCAGCUUGAGCGAGCCCAGCCAGCUCUACAGCAAAGGGGAGCUGCCCAUGAAGGAGAAGGAGGUCCUGGGGAAACUGCUGUCCCCCAUCUCUGGCAUGGCCCAUGGCAUCCCCGACGGGGACAAGCACUCCCUCCUGGGAUGCCUCAACCUCGUGCCGCCUCUGAAAUCCAGCUGCAUCGAGCGGUUGCAAGCGGCUGCCAAAGCUGCAGAGAUGGACCCGGUGAACAGCUACCAGGCCUGGCAGCUCAUGGCCAGGGGCAUGGCCGUGGAACACGGCUUCUUGUCUAAAGAACAUCAGCUGCAGCGCAACCACGAAGACACUUUGGCAAACGCUGGGGUUAUGUUUGAUAAGGAGAAGCGGGAGUAUGUGUUAGUGGGGGCAGAUGGCUCCAAGCAGAAAAUGCCUGCUGAUUUGGUUCACAGCACUAAAGUGGGCAAUCCGAGAGACCUGCCAAAUAAGCUCGACCCUUUAGAAGGCAGUCGGGAUUUUUUGUCACAUGGGCUGAACCAGACGCUUGACUAUAACCUGCAGGGUCCCGGGAACAUGAAGGAGAAGCCCACUGAGUGCCCGGACUGUGGCCGGGUGUUCCGCACCUACCACCAGGUGGUCGUGCACUCGCGUGUUCACAAGCGGGACCGCAAGGGCGAUGAGGACGGGCUGCACGCGGCCCUGGACGAGCGGCGUGGCUCAGGCAGUGACCAGGAGUCCCAGUCAGUGAGCCGCUCCACCACGCCCGGCUCCUCCAAUGUCACCGAGGAGAGUGGGGUCGGAGGUGGCCUCUCCCAGACCGGGAGUGCCCAGGAGGACAGCCCACACCCCUCCUCACCAUCCUCCUCAGACAUUGGCGAGGAGGCUGGGAGAUCUGCCGGCGUCCAGCAGCCGGCACUGCUUCGUGACAGGAGCCUGGGCUCGGCCUUGAAGGACUGCCCGUACUGUGGGAAAACUUUCCGGACAUCCCAUCACCUUAAGGUCCACCUGCGGAUACACACAGGUGAGAAACCCUACAAGUGUCCCCACUGUGACUAUGCUGGCACCCAGUCAGCGUCCUUAAAAUACCACCUAGAACGACACCAUCGGGAGCGACAGAAUGGAGCUGGACCACUGUCUGGGCAGCCCCCAAACCAAGACCACAAGGAUGAGAUGUCAGGCAAAGCUUCUCUGUUUAUCAGGCCAGACAUCCUGAGGGGAGCCUUUAAGGGGCUCCCUGGAAUCGACUUUAGAGGUGGCCCUGCCUCUCAGCAGUGGACAUCAGGGGUGCUCUCAUCCGGAGAUCACUCAGGGCAGGCCACCAGCAUGUCUUCGGAGCCUCCUUCAGACACUCUGAAAGGCGCUGAUCUGCCUUCCAAAAGUACCCACUUUUCUGAAAUUGGAAGGGCUUAUCAAAGCAUUGUGAGCAACGGUGUGAAUUUCCAAGGGUCCUUGCAAGCUUUCAUGGAUAGCUUUGUCCUUAACUCCUUGAAGGAGAAGGACACGAAGGACAAAGCCCUGUCUGACCCCCCUCCCAUGAAAGUCCACGGAGCGGACGGUGGUGAGGAGAAACCCAGUGGUAAGUCCUCUCAGAGGAAGUCUGAGAAAUCUCAGUAUGAGCCUCUAGACCUGUCCGUGCGGCCAGAUGCCACCUCCCUCCCGGGCUCGUCGGUGACUGUGCAAGACAGCAUCGCAUGGCACGGCUGCUUGUUUUGUGCUUUCACCACGUCCUCGAUGGAACUCAUGGCCCUUCAUCUCCAGGCCAACCACCUGGGCAAAGCGAAACGCAAAGACAGUGCUAUGGGGGUGACAGUCAACUGCAAAGACCAAGCCCGUGAGGCAAGCAAAAUGGCUCUGCUGCCUUCAGUACAAUCAAACAAAGAGCUGGGCCUUUCUGGUGUGAUCGGCUCUCUAGAUUCUGCUUCUGAGAAGAUGGCCCAAGGACAGGUCAAAGAGACCCUGGGGGAGCAGAAGAGUGGCACGUGGCCCAGCCAUGUGGACCCGGCAUUCUGUAACUUCCCAUCAGACUUCUACAAGCAGUUUGGUGUCUACCCAGGCAUGGUUGGCUCAGGGGCCUCCAGUGCCUGCCCCAACAAGGAGCCUGACGGGAAGGCCCACUCUGAAGAAGAUGCCCCCAUCCUGAUCCCCGAAACCACAAAUAAGAACACUACUGAUGACCUCUCCGACAUUGCCUCCUCGGAGGAUAUGGAUUCCUCCAAGGGAGAGAACAACGACGAAGAGGAUAUUGAAACUGAACCAGACAUGAUGAGCAAGCCACUGUCUUCCCUCUGCAAGGACAGCAGCGCCGAGUGCGGGGACAGCCUCCUGCCCCCAAACACCUCCCAGCCCAUGCAGGGACUUGUCUCACCUUUACCGCAGGUGUCAGAGAAGCAGUGGCACAACCCGGGACUUCUUUCCACCCAGGACCCCUCGGUGGGCCUGCCCAAGCCGGAGCGGGGGCCCCAGGGCCUGGAGAAGCCGAUGAACAUGCUGUCGGUCCUCAGGGCCUACAGCUCUGAUGGCUUAGCAGCCUUUAAUGGACUUGCAAGUAGCACAGCAAAUUCUGGAUGUAUCAAGAGGCCAGACUUGUGUGGUCACAGGCCUUUCCAGUGCCGCUACUGUCCCUACAGUGCCUCUCAGAAGGGGAACCUGAAGACCCACGUCCUCUGCGUCCAUCGCAUGCCUUUUGACAACAGCCAGUAUCCCGACCGCAGGUUCAAGCGCUCCAGAGUUGACUCGGAGGCUUCUGGGAAUUUUGAGGAGCCCACAGCUGUCAAGGCAGGGAGCUCGGCAGAGCUCACGGAGGAGGGCGGCAAGGGCCAGGAGGAGAGCCACUGA